ACUAGCAAACCACCAUAACAAAUUAUCACUGAUAACUAUUUACAUGACUAAAUAAAAACUUAAUGAUAAGAGUGUGCGUAUAUAUUCAGAAACGACCAUCAAAAGAAACUAGUGCCGGUCUUUUUGUAGUGCAAGUUAAUUAAGAAUAAACACAAUAAACAGUUUGAAAAUGAUUCCUUCAGGUUCAUACACAGUUUCAGAUAAAGGCACUUUUCAAGAUUAUUUGAAAGCAAUUGGAUAUUCUGGAGAUGUCGUAAUAUUUACACUAGACGUUAUACAUGAUGGCGACAGAUUUACGAUUAAUGAGAAACACGGUGACCGUGUGAAAUCAACCACCUUUACUGUAGGAGAAGAAUUUGAUGAAAUUAUUAUGGGAAAACCAGUACCGAGUAUGGCAUCAAUUGAUAAUGACACCCUUACGAUUAAAAAUGGCGAUACAACUAAAACGUUCACUGUUACUCCCACCGGCUUAGAAAUCCUUUAUAAGACUCAAAAUGCUUCAGGAACACUGAUCUUCAAAAAAGACUAAACUCAUCGAAUAAUUUUUAUAUACACUCUGUACUUAUUUUUUAAGAAAAUUACUUCCAAAAAUAUGUUUUAAAUUUUCUGUUUAAUGCAUCGAAAAAUAAAAUAUUUAUUAAUAAAAAA